GGAGACGGAAGAACUUCCAACGUUGCCUCUCACUAGCAGGUCGACGCAGAUGUUGUCGCAGACGGUGCGAGUACACGGGUCGGUCAGCAACGAAGGUGGGGAGUUCGCCUCACUCCUGCGGCCAGGUUUGGGAAACGAAGAUGACGAAGGACUUCAUCUGAGGUUCGGGUUGUCUUCUGGCAGCACAAGGGAGGUGACCCAUACGUUCAUCGUCGACGUCGAUCCUUCGCCACGUGGCAUUCAACGUUGUGGAAGUCAGCAUGCCGAGAAGACCACCCUUCGUGGCGGUGCGUCCGUGACUGCAGCUGUUGGGCCGUCGCCACCAACCCGGCAGCAUGGAUCGACUGCAGCAUCCGCCGAAAGAAUGACGAGUACCUGCCCCGUACGCAGUGGAAUCACAGCAGGGUCGCCGCUCUUCGACGGUGGGCAAUCCUCGAUGGCCAACCGCACAACGCUGACCCAAGCAGACGCAAGGGACGAGCCCGCUUGCAAAACACCGGUGCGUCCUGGACCGACUGUCGAGAACAUCACACUAGGAGUGUCCAACAUGCGGGCACACAGCGAUGGCGGCGAUGACAACACCGACGGCGGUGACGAUGCCGAUGAAGGAUUGAGGACGGACGUGGAACCAGGCGACGACGACGAAGACAUUCAAAUUCGUGACGACGGCGGGAAGUCUGUGACGUACUGGUCUACGGAAGACCAACUGCUCCUAGUGAGGUCCAAGCGGGGGCAAAACAUGCACCUCGCCGGGCUGGCUCACAAUUACGGGCGGAUGAAGACGAAAGACUGGAAGUGGGAGGACAUUGCGAAGCGGAUGGCGAACGCGGGGAGGCCUAAAGACGUCGACGAGUGCAUCAAAAAGUGGGACAAUCUGUUCCAGAACUACAAGAAGAUACAGAGGUUUCAGAAUGCCAGCGGCAUGGCAGAUUUUUUCAGGUUGUCAAAUGAAGAGAGGAAGGAGAACAACUUCAAGUUCCGGAUGGACAGGGUGUUGUACAACGAGAUCCAUGGAGGCAUGCUGGGGAACCACACAAUUUUCCCUCCCAACGUCGCCGACACCGGCAGUCCGGACGGGGUGCAGCUGCCGAGGCAAGGAGCGACUGGUGGGGAGUCUGUGGGCAGUGAGGCCGGGGGUGAUGGUUGCCCUGAAGAACUUCCUUUGGCGAGGGACUCCGACAACAACGCAGGCACUCAUGAGCAGACUGGGGGGGGGUUAGGAGGAGGGUGUAAUGUCGCGAAGGCAAAAUGGAGCCGUCAGGACGCCGCGUCAGUGAGCGGCACGAAAGUUGAGGGAGAUGGGUGGGGAAGACCAGGCGACAACGACGACAACGACGUGUUCACAAACCCCGAUGCUGAAAUUCCACCGCCCGUUAUGCCUGCCAAUGUCCACGAACGCCCUCCAGCACCCUCGCUGGUGGCUCGGACACACACCCUGCGCAUCAUCAACACUGAUGUCAAUGAAGUCGUGCGGGUGGACAAUGGCCAAGGGGAUGCCAUGAUCGCACCUGUGACGACGCCGCAAGGGAGGAAUCGCCCUGUUGCCGGAAUCGGGCCAUCUGCGACCACCCAGGAAGGGGCUAUGGCAGCGACGUCGCGUAAGCAAGUUGCAGGCGACGAAUGUGGUUCUGGUGGUGUGCGCAAUGCAGGCGCGGCGGGAGAUCAGGCGCAGACACGCCUCGCGGGUGUUGACGUCGACCACGUGGAAGGCACACCGCGAGGAACGGGAGAGGAGGACCGCAGGCAUCGGAGCUCGCGCGUGUGGACAAAAAAAAAGCGACGGACGAUGACGAACCGCUCGUGUGCAGGGUCCGCAAGGGCGGAAUGGUGAAAUAACUCGCGAGGUCGAUAGUGGGGUAGAAUAAAAGAUUUUGGCAACG